AUGCAUUUUGUUUAUCAAUUUUAUACAGCUGUUGGUAAUGCACUCGAAUAUACAGAAAUAAAACCAAAUCAACCGUCAAUAAUAUCACGAAAACAACAACAACAUCCAACACGUCAUAUGGCAAUAAAUGUAACAAACGAAACACUUUUACUUUCGUCAUUUGGUUGGUUAAUUAUUGAUGAAAUAUAUUAUGCAGCUUCUUUAGGUGGUUUAAAAGUUGAUGGUUGUAUGAAAAAAGUUCAAAGAAAUGUUAGUUUAUCACAAAGACUUCGAGCUUUACAAUCAACAACAAAUAAUCAAAAUACAAAGAAAUAUGAUGGUUCAUUAAUUCUUCAAAUUGGUUCAACAUCACUUUCUUUAAAAGAAACUCUUUCAACGUCUACCGAUAAUCUUCCAUCGACAAAUAUUCCAACAGUUCAUCCAUCAUCUUCUAGUACUACUUCAUCCACUCGACAAAUAUCUGUUCUUGAUAUAAUUGUUGGUAAAUCUCAAGCAUUAACAUCACUUCAAACACGUGGUAUUAAUUUAACAUUAAGUGGUGUAACAAAUAUUGGUACAAUUGCAAUGGAUGUACCAUUAAGACCACAAGAAGUUCAUGAUCUUGUUAAUCGUAUUGGUCGUUUAAUAACAUCGUAUGUUCAAGAAUUUCUUCCCGAUGAUACACAACAAACAUCUUCAAUGCCAAUAACAAACAAUACAAAUAAUGAAUUAAUUAAUACAAGUUUAAAUGAUACUAUAGAAGAACCUCAUAUACCAAUUAUAUUACAACAAACAACAACAAGAAAACGUUUAAGUACACAUCGUAAAGAUACAAUUAAUCGUACUAUUAAUCCACGUUCAUUAGAAACUCAACAAAAUAUAUCAACAUCAUCGAGACGAUUUAUAUUUGAAGUUUAUGUAACAGUAAAUUGCGAAAGAACGACAUUUUUUACAAUACUUCUUUCAACAUUAAAAGCUCAUUAUAAAAUCGGUGUUGUUGAAGGUGUUGCUAAUAUUGGUGGAAUGAAAUCACGUUUUACAGCUAUUAUACAUGAAUAUGUAUUACAUUUUCUAAAUAAUAAUAAUCAUGAUCAUCAACAACCUCCAACAAUUAAUUCAGAUAAUCACGUACGAAUUCAUUUUUCUGAAAUACGUUCUUAUGGAGAUUAUUCUAUCCAACAAAAACAAGAAAGUAAAACAAAAAGUCAUUUAAAUCUUCGUACAAAAAUUGAUGUACUUAAAUUAACUAUAGCAGCUGAUUUUCUUGCACAAUUAGUUUUUGUUCCAAAAGUAAUUAUACAUGAAAUAAAUGAAAUUCUUGCAAAAGUUUCUGGAUUUGAUGAAUUUCAUUUUGGAACAACAACAAAACAUACACGUUUAUCAUUAUCAUCAACAGCACCUAUUAUACGUAUUGGUUCAACAGAUACAGAAAAUGAGGAUCACGAUGAUGAUGAACCAGAAAAAGAUCAACAAACAAUACCAUCAACAUUAUUUACAUAUAAAAUAGAUAUAUCAAUGAAAGGUUUUGAAGUUAUGGGGCAAAUGCCAUCAAAUACAAUAGUUAAAUAUGAAAACAGUGAUAAAAAAGUAGCAAUAUUUGUUAAAUUAACAAAUUAUGAAGAAAUAAAAUUUAUUAUUACUCCAUAA